UUUUUCUCUCUCCGUUUUUUCUUCAUCCAGCGGUGUCUUACAUCAGCUUACAGUGCCUGAAUGUGCGACUUAAAGGAGAACUUCGGAUAGAGAGAUAGGUUUGUUUUUAACGUCCUAGUCACACAUUCAUAACUUGGAAUUAAGAGAACUCUGGACAAAUGGUUUGAAAAAAACAGCGCAAGCAGAAUGAACGUCCCGUCUCCGACUGAGAUGAAGCAGCUUUGGAAGAUGCACUUUCCACUGCUGAUCCUCCUUUACCUAUCAGGAGCUGUCCAGUCUCAAGUAAACCCAGGUGUGUGUCGGUCCCCAUUAGGCAUGUCCAGGGGGCAGAUUUUAGAUGAAGAUAUAUCAGCUUCAAGUCAGUGGUCAGAAUCCACCGCAGCAAAAUAUGGCAGACUGGACUGUGAGGAGGGCGAUGGAGCUUGGUGUCCUGAGAUCCCAGCAGAACCAGAGAACAUGAAGGAGUUCCUUCAGAUCGACCUGCGCUCUCUGCAUUUCAUCACUCUGGUGGGCACUCAGGGGCGACACGCAGGCGGCAUCGGCAAUGAAUUCGCCCAGACGUACAAGAUUAAAUACAGCCGUGACGGAAGUCGCUGGAUCUCCUGGAGGAACCGACAGGGCAAAGAGGUGAUUGAGGGAAACAGAAAUGCCUAUGACAUCGUGUUGAAGGACCUGGAGCCGCCCAUCAUUGCCCGUUUCGUCCGAUUCAUGCCCGUCAUUGAUCACUCUAUGAAUGUGUGUAUGCGUGUGGAACUGUACGGCUGUGAGUGGCUGGAUGGACUGGUUUCAUAUAAUUCCCCACUCGGCCAGCAGAUGAGUCUGAAUGGACAACAUAUUUAUCUUAAUGACUCUGUGUAUGAUGGAGCCAUGAGUUACAGUAUGACAGAAGGACUUGGACAACUGACGGAUGGCAUGUGCGGCCUGGAUGACUUCACUCUCAGUCACGUCUACAACGUUUGGCCUGGUUAUGACUACGUCGGCUGGACCAAUGAGAGCUUUCCCAACGGUUAUGUUGAGAUCAUGUUUGAGUUUGACCGCACCCGCAACUUCACCACCAUGAAGGUGCACUGCAACAACAUGUUCUCCCGAAGAGUGAAGACCUUUCAGAAGGUGGUGUGUUAUUUCCGCUCAGAGCUGGAUUGGGAGGCGACGCCUGUAUCAUUCAGCCCGGUGAUGGAUGAUGUGAACCCCAGUGCUCGAUUCGUCACCGUCUCGCUCUAUAACCACAUGGCCAGUGCUAUUAAGUGCCAGUACUACUUUUCUGACAUCUGGAUGAUGUUCAGUGAAAUCACCUUUCAGUCAGAUACAGCCAUGUACAACACAACUCUGACUCCCCCCAGGACCGACCCUCCUCUCACCAACCAGCCAGGGGAUGACCCUACACACAAAGUAGAUGACAGCAAUACCCGGAUCCUAAUUGGCUGCCUUGUUGCAAUCAUUUUUAUUUUAGUGGCAAUUAUUGUUAUUAUACUAUGGCGACAAGUCUGGCAAAAGAUGCUCGAGAAGGUGUCUCGGAGGAUGCUGGACGAUGAACUAACUGCUAGUCUGUCAAUACAGAGUGAGACCUUCACCUAUAACAACAACAACAGCCCGUCCUCAGUGCCCAGUGAGCAGGAGUCCAGCUCCACCUACGAGCGUAUAUUCCCUCUGGGCCCCGACUACCAAGAGCCCUCACGGCUGGUUCGUAAACUGCCUGAGUUUUCCCAAACAUCCGAGGAUACCGCAUCAACAAUUACAGCUUCCAAGACCCCUUCAGUCAAUGUCCAAGAGGGCGUCCCACAUUACGCAGAGGCAGACAUUGUUAACCUGCAGGGCGUCACAGGGGGAAACACAUACGCUGUACCUGCUCUUACUAUGGACCUACUGUCAGGGAAAGACGUCGCUGUGGAGGAGUUUUCUCGCAAACUGCUUACCUUUAAAGAAAAGUUGGGAGAAGGGCAGUUCGGAGAGGUGCAUUUAUGUGAAGCAGAAGGCAUGCAAGACUUCAUGGAUAAGGACUUCUCCUUCGAUGUCACUGAAAACCAAACAGUGCUUGUAGCUGUUAAAAUGCUUCGAGCAGAUGCAAAUAAAAAUGCCAGGAAUGAUUUCUUAAAGGAGAUAAAAAUCAUGUCCCGUUUGAAAGACCCAAACAUCAUCAGGCUGCUGGCGGUGUGCAUGAGCUCUGAUCCUCUGUGUAUGAUCACCGAGUACAUGGAGAACGGAGAUCUUAAUCAGUUCCUGUCCCGCCAUGAGCCCGAGGGCAUGAUCGCUCUACUCAGCAAUGCCCCAACAGUCAGCUACAGCAACCUGCACCACAUGGCCAGCCAGAUCGCCUCAGGCAUGAAGUACCUGUCUUCACUCAACUUCGUACAUCGAGACUUGGCCACCCGUAACUGCCUAGUGGGAAAGAACUUUACCAUCAAGAUUGCAGACUUUGGGAUGAGCAGAAACCUGUAUAGCGGAGACUAUUAUCGUAUCCAAGGCAGAGCGGUGCUGCCCAUCCGCUGGAUGUCCUGGGAAAGCAUUCUUUUGGGGAAAUUCACCACAUCCAGUGACGUGUGGGCUUUUGGUGUGACGCUUUGGGAGAUGCUUACCUUCUGCAAAGAGCAGCCUUAUUCACAGCUCUCAGACGAGCAGGUCAUUGAAAACACAGGGGAGUUCUUUCGGGAUCAGAGGAGACAGAUAUACCUGCCGCAGCCACCGAUGUGUCCUGACCCCGUCUACAAGCUCAUGUUGAGCUGCUGGCACAGGAACACCAAAGAGCGUCCAUCCUUCCAGGAGAUUCAUCACACGCUACUGGAGUGCAAGCCCUAGUGUCCACAUGCAUGCCAACUUUGGUACUGACUAAAGACUUUUCAGUGCGCCCACAGGACUCCAGUCAUCACGCACUUAUAUAUUCCCAUAUAUAGGAAGUCACAUCAGAAGCUCAUUAUUAUUUUUUUUCCUGUAGCAAUCUUCACUGUGAGUGUGCAAAAGCAAACUGAUAUAUAUAUAUAUAUAUAUAUAUAUAUUUUGUGAUGAAAUAUUUUUUCACUAUAACCCCCUAAAACCAAGAGCUUUCGAUUGGCAUACAAUACCAGGGCAGCACUAGGCCAAAAAAAAAAUGUAGCACAGAAAUUUAGGCACCUUCAACACUGAAGAAUUAGAUGUUUUAAAUAAAUCUUCUCUAAUUAAAAUAUCUAUUUUUGAUAGAUAGAAAACAAGGUGUAAAACGCCUCUUGUAAUUUCCCGUUUAAUGUUGUUUUCAGUAUUUAGAGGCCGAAGACAGCUUGAAUGUAUAUAAGAAUCAAUAAUUGACAUUCAGAUUUUAUCCUGAUGUCUCUUGACAUUUAUGUAUAUGUUCAUCUCGUUUAUUUUAAAUGCUUAAAUAUUUUGAUAUUAUUAUUUUCUCUCUCUUUGUUGUGACAGCAAAAGAUCACUUUCAACCAGGUGGAUAUAAAGGGAGUCAAAUAAAUUUGAGUCAAGUUCUAAUAAAAUUGUAAAUGUAAAAUUUAUAUUAGUAUUAUCCUGCAACUACCUAUAUAUAGUGUUUAUAUUUAAGUGUACUUCAUUAUUCACCUUUUAAAGCGUUAUAAUGUCUAAAGUCUGUUGUAGCGGUGAACAUAGUGUUUAUUUAAAUCCAUUUCAUUUUAUUUACGCAAGUUUUGCAUCAUGAAACAAACAUUUGAAUAGCUCUAAUUAUUUUGCAGGAACAAUUACAAGUUACAAUAUUUGCAUGAAGCUGGAUGAAUAUAUAGUAACAUUACUUAUUACUAAUUAUUACUUAUUUCAUUACACUUGUCCUGUCUUCAUCUAAUCUUAAUGUAGGGGCAGUGAAUAUGCUUAUUAUUACCUGUUUAAUUGUGUUUAUCUGUAAAAAAGAAGAUGAAGAUGAUGAUGAAAAUAAGCUUAUUUUAAAGCUUAUCGUCAUUCUUGUAUGUCGGACUAUAUUCUAGGUCAGUGUUUCUCAAUUAUGUUCCUGGAGGACCACCAGUUCUGCACAUUUUUCAUGUGUCCUUAACCAAGCACACCUGAUUCAGAUCAUCAGUUCAUUAGCAGAGACUGAAAGACCUGUAAUGGGUGUAACAGGCAAAGGAGACAUCCAAAUGCCUCCAGGAGCGUGGUUGGGAAACACUGUUCUAGGUGGUGCUGAAUUGCUAAAAUGUUGGAUAAAUACUGGAUUUGUUUUGAAUAGAUGCACUAUGAUGGUUUACAGUAAGUUAUGAUGUGUUUUUGCAUGUGCUGCAACAGGACACUCGGAUAUCUGUUUAGUGAUUAACCUGUAUAAUUGUAAAUCAAGUUUUGUAAGAUUGUAAAUCAUGGUCAUUGUAUAUAUAACCAUGAUAUUGAAAAUCUUUGCACCUUUGGGUUGUUUGAAAUAUCUGGUAGUCUAUAAGAAGCAUUUAGGUUGUGGGUUUAAAAGUGGCUUUACUUAAUGUAUAUACAUACCUGACAUGACUGAAGAAGUUGCAUUAUAGAUAUUGUUUUUUUUUUCUGCACUAUUGUAGUUUUCUCAACACGUUUAUACAACUUUUAUUCUUCAUGCCAUGUCAUACACAAAGCAGCAAUAGGCAUUUUUAGUGUGGGCUAUAGGGAUUUUAGAUUGUUUACAAAAACCUUGAAAUAUUCAGCAUUCCACUACAUAAUUGUUGUUUUUCGACAGUGUCUAAACUGACAAUUAUGGUGAAUGAAACCUGCAAAAACAAUAGAUAAAUAAACAUAUAUAAAUAAAUAAAUCCAUAAAUUCCUGCAUAAAUACAACAAUAAAUAAGUAAAUAUGCAAAUAAAUGAAUAAAUGUAUAUAUUAAAUCCUCAAAUUCCUGCAUAAAUAAAUAUAUAUAUAAUUAAUAGUGUGGGCGGGUAUAUAAUUAAAGAAAUUUCACGAAUAUUGGGGCAAUACAGUAAACUGCUGAAACUUUCAAUGCUAAACUGAAAGUUGAUCCCCCUUUUCAAAUGUUUAUUCAAUCUUGAACGUAAUUUCGCAUUCCCUUUACUCAGGUCAACAUGUUAAUGAGAGUAUGUCUGUUAAUCGUCAGAAGCCAGUCAAAAAAAUCGAAUGCAAAUUUUUUUUUACUAUCAAACCAGUGCUUAAUUUGUGAAUCACGAGGUCCCGGAACAGAUCGCGGUAACGGAUCCAGCAUACUACCCGAGGAUGUACAGGUGUCACGCAUAAAAGUAUAGGGGCGGGGGUUGGUUGUCGCGGAUGAAAGUAAAGAGGGUUGAGUAUUCGCAGAACAAAGUGAAAAUGAACAGCGGAUAAGGAGGGCGGAUGAGUAGGGGGACCGGUAAAAUGAGGUGCCUGAUCAGAUUUCAGAGUGUGUUCCGGCACAAAUUAAGCCCUGGAUCAACCAAUCAUGGCAUAAAGGCCGCCUUUUGAUGACUGAACAGACAUGGUCACAAUCACAAGCAAUCUAAUCCAUCUAUAUUGCUGGUAAACACGCAGAUUACUUAAGAAAUACAAAUCCACUGUUACAUGGACAACAUAUCCAGUCAUGCACCACACACACACACACCUGUUCCAGAUCAUGAUUAAUUACACUCACAAAGUUGCUCAAAGACUGAUUACAAGGACUAUUUAAACAGCACUCACAUCAGCGUUCACAUCAGCACUGUCAUACUCUAUUGUGAACAUUACGACGCAUUUUCCUUGCCCUGCCUUUGACCCUUACCUUGUUUGUUUGUUUACAUUGCCUGCUGCCUGCCUGUACUGACCAUUCGCCUGAUAUUUGACUACGACUCUGGAUUGGCUGCAUACAUCUGUUUGCCCCUAUGUUGAUCUUAUUAUAUAUUAACCUAUGUUGAUCUUAACCUACAUUUGGAUCCGCACCUCCUUUGUUAGCAUCCACUACACAUUACAACACCCUCUCAUUAGCAUGUUUAACUGAGGAAAAGCAAAUACGAAACUACGUUCAAGAAUGAAUAAACAUUUAAAUGGGGGUAAACUUUUAGUUUAGCAUUUUCUUUUUGCCCCAAUAUUUAUGUAAUUUCUUUAAUAAUUUACCUGUCUGCACUAUCAAUUAUUUAUAUAUUUAUGCAGGAAUUUGUGGAUUAUAUAUACACAUUUAAUUAUUUAUGUGCAUUUUAUUUAUGUAUUUUGUUAUUUAUGCAGGAAUUUAUGGAUUUAUUUACUCAUUUAUUUAUAUAUUUGUGUGUUCAUUUAUUUAUUGUUUUUGCAGGUUUUAUCCUUCAUAGACAAUGUCUUAUUACAAUGAAAAGGAAAAACUGGAGUUUGUUUUUUAUUCAUAGCAAAAUAUCCUGCAUUUUAAUGUUUUUGUGAAGCUCAUAUCCUUUUUAAUUCAAGCUUUGUGCUGUUUUCUUUUAAUAGCAGUCAUUAUUAACACUAAUAGCUUUUGUAUAUGUUAGGAAACUGUACAUAAGAUAAUAAAUUGAUGAAUAUUCAAAUGUUGUCAAGCCGUUUUAUGAUACAGUAAUAAAAUGUGCAUUUGGAUGAAAGCAUACAUGAAUUAAACAUUUGUGUGUAACUUAGAAUAUUGUUCAUUGCAAGUGUUGGUUAUUCUUAUUAAUUGUUGUUAAAUAUCCUACAUUUUGAAUCUCCUGUCAUUUCUAAGUCAAUAGCUCUCCUAUUUUCACUAAUACCCUUUUCUAUUGUAUAGGAUUAUGUAGCUACAUCAGAUAAUAAAUUGAUUAUCUUUAA